GAGAGUUAGAGCCCGCAGCAGGACGCACCACCGACGCCCCCGAGUGCCAUAGAGGGACCCUCACAGGAAAAUGCACACUAACGAGACCGUAAAAACGCUCAGGAAGGCCUUAAGAUAAAGGACAAUUUGGGUGUCCAGACUAUAGCUCCUGGACCCGAUCCGACCUCCCCAUACACAUACACACUUGACCUAAACGAUACCAUCGAAGUGAAUUACCGUGAUAUAUCUACCCCCCCCCCUCCCCCCUCCUAAGAAGGCUCACAACGCCUUAAUCACCGCAGAUAAUCACCCGGAAAGACUCAUUAACCACAACAACAUGACCAAUUAACAUUGAUAAAGAUUAAGCCACCCAAGAGGUGGCACGGGCAUGAAUAACCCGCAAGAUGACCAACUAAUCAGUGGAGCUCUUUAAGUGGUGAAAGGUGUGUGAGAGAGAGAGAGGUCAAAGGUCACUGGAUAACGGCGACUGAGCUCCUGUUAACAGAUGAAACAACGGUCGUGUGGACUCUCUCGCUGAUAGCCGUAUUUCCAGGAUGAUGGAAACGCGAACGUGGCUGACGGUGGCGGCGUUGGCCACCACUCUGGUGCUGGUGGAGGGGCGCUGCCCAGGCUCCUGCAGGUGCAGGUACGACACCGAGGGCAGGAAGGCCGUCACCUGUGACUCCGGCAGCCUGGCCGACCCCAUACCCAUCUUCAAUAUGGACAGAGACACUAAGGUACUGACGGUGACGUCCCCUGAGGACCAGACCAACACCCUGACGGUGGGACCCAUCUUCUCCACCCUGUCGCAGCUGGAGGAGAUCCACAUCACUCGCUCCAACGUCCCGGCCAUCGGGGAGAACGCCUUCUGGGGCCUGAGACACCUCAAGCUCCUCAAUCUUACUAACAACAACAUCACCUUUCUUCUCGACUCUCAUCUCAGAGGUCUACGGAACUUGGAGGCGCUACAUCUCGACGACAAUCACAUCAACUCGGUGGCGUCGGCGAUGUUCAGGUCUGUGGAGUCUCUCGAGAUCUUAACUCUGGCGAGAAAUAAGCUCCGAGGACUAGCACCCAGGAUGUUCCUCCUCCUCACUCGUCUGAAGGUCCUCGAUCUCAGCGGUAAUGCCGUUCAGGACCUCGACCCUGAAGUCCUCAGGGACGUGCCUGCGUUGCGGACCUUCAGGUGCUCCGAGUGCGGGCUCACCAGAGUCAAGUCGCUAGUGUACAGGGUCGUUCCCAUGCUGGAAUUGCUCGACCUUCGCAACAACCACAUCACUUCCCUGGCCGCAGAGGAGUACAUGGACCUGAAGAACCUGAGGCACCUCUACCUCGAUGGCAACAGGAUCUAUGAACUUAAGGAUUAUACCUUUCAAGGCUUGGCUUUGCAACAUCUUGGAUUAUCCAGGAACAGGAUGGAAACCAUUUCAAGAAUGGCCUUUGAAGAUUGCUCUGUACUGAGCCUCGACUUGUCGGCUAACAAGUUGCAGUACUCCUCUUUCAAACACCUGAGCCCUAUUGUCGCACACAUGCAUGAAAUAAAUAUUGCCAAUACUCGAAUCAGCUCUGAACACAUUCGGGAGUUUCUCAAGAAGGCUACAAGAUUGAAGAAACUGAACUUGAGUCGUCUGGACCUUAACCAACUCGUACCUAACAUGUUUACUUCCCAGGCCAAGUUGGAGGUACUGAACUUGUCAAGCAACAGCCUUCAUUACGUCCCUGUCGAUGUGCUACACACACUGCCAAGUUUACACACCUUGGAUCUGCGCAGGAAUGAGUUUCGUGGUAUGCCAGAGAUCAUUUUGCGUCGUCUGGACCGCAUUCAUGACGUUGAAUUGGAUGCGAACCCGUGGUCAUGUGACCAGUGCCACAUACCAUAUCUCAAAAUUUGGCUCAAUAACUCCAAGAGCUUCAGGAAAGCCUGCCACCCAGACGUGGACGCUCCCAAGUGCCUCAAGUGCCAGUCUCCCAUGGAAAUGUACGACAAACCUAUCAUCGAAAUUGAAGGUUUGGAAUUGCAGCCUUGUCCGGAGGGAACCUUCGACAUGGCGGCUGCGAGCGCGAGCUCCACCAACUUCUCGCUGAUACUGGCAGUGGUGAUAGCCUCAGUGGUGGUCAUCCUCCUACUCAUCAUCCUCGUCACGGGGAUCAUUAUGUAUAAUCGCCACACGGCAUUCUACUACACUCACGAAAACGACUCGAGACAUCACUUCUACGAGAACCCGGCCCUUCACUCCGACCACACAGACAUCACUCUAGACGAGGACUUAGACCACCUACCGGAGAAGGACUCGAGGCUGGAGGGACAGCACAACUGUUCAAGAGACGCGGCCAAAGGUGGCGACGUGCCUGAAGCCCCUGCGGGAGGCAAGAAACAAGUCUUAGACAACAAUGUGGUUGUGAUCGAUGAGCUGAUAAGGAAUAAGAAUGGAAAAUCAACCCAAAAUGGGAAGUCCUGAGGACACUUUUAUCAUACUAAUUACGACAGAAAAAAUGUGUAAUCCUAAGCAUUUGUGACAUUGCUGCCUACCUUACUCUUAACAACAAAAUCAAGCAAUUUACAAAUGAAACAAACACAGUUUUCUUAACAUGUUUGUUAACAGUCCUACAAGUGUAGAUAUACCACAUUGGUUUGGAAGCCUUGUGUGAGAGAGACGGGUGCGGGGAGACAGUACUCAUAACCAGACGGACUCCAGCGGCCUGUCACUGUCACUUCCUGCUACAUUAUCAUACAUAUUGACAGUUGUUUACAUCCUGAGAUACCCGCGUCAGGGACGGGAAACUUAAAGUAAACAGUAGUAAAACAGAAAUCCUGUUAACAGAAAGCUGCUAUUUGGGCUAAAGGGAAUUCUAGUACCACAGUUAAAUUAUAUGUUCCAUGUAUAUUCUCCCGUCCCCCCAUUAUUUUGCACCCCCCUUUGUAUUAUAUCAUAGUACAGAAAUAUAUCUUAUUUGUAAUAUAGCUUUAAGAAUUUAUAUAUAUACGGUGUGUGUGUGUGUGUGUGUGUGUGUGUGUGUGUGUGUGUGUGUGUGUGUGUGUGUGUGUGUGUGUGUGUGUGUGUGUUGUGUGUGUGUGUGUGUGUGUGUCCUGUCAGAUGAAGCUGUAGAUCUUUCAGACAGACUAUGUACUGGAUGUAUUAGUGUUUUAUAAAUAUAUUUUUGAGGGAUAUUUUGAAUCAAUAUAUAUAUAAAACUAUAUAUAUAUAUAUAGAUAUAUAUAUAUACACAUAUAAACACACAUUUAGAUUUUACUCUAAGUAAAUAUUACAUAGCAAAAGACAGUAACUAUGCAAAUGAAACAUAAGUUACUGAAUUAAAUUUAAUCUAGGCCUUUUUUUCGCAGUCUAACCUUUUUUUUUGCUUUAGUUCAAUAAUGUGGCAAUUGUCGAGAUGUCACUAGAGUGCUGAACACAGUAUGCCUGACCUCAUAAGGUUCCUCUGUUGUAUAAAAAUGUUAAAUAAAGGGAGUUUUCUGA